AUGUUGCGAGGGUGGCAUCCGAAUUCUUCAGCCAUGCAGGUUGGCAUGCGGCACAUAACGAUUGGUGGGCGACACUCCAGAGGGGGUUUUAGGCAACCACUCGGAAAACACCCACAGGUGAAGCAGGGCGCAGUGGAAGGUGUCCCGCGGCGAAUUCCCGGCACCACAAAGGUCACCUACACAAAUAAAAAGGGCCGUACCUUCAGCUUCUCCGUCCCUGUGUCGGAAUUAACGCACCCACAGGUGACGCUAGAGAGCGCGGCGGGAACAUGGAGGGAGAUGGACACAAGCUUCUGUGAACUGGGUGACAUAGAGGACGAUAUGCCGUCGCCGGUGGAUGAAUGCCUUCGAGGAGGGAGCUCUCUCGAUAAGCGCCUGAUUCAAGAGGUUCGGGAAAGGUUCGUGUCGUUCUGCAGGGAAUAUGUUUUGAUGGACACAAGCGGAAUGAAGAGCACCAUAUUGAGUACAGAGCUUAAUGCGGGCCCGGACUAUGAGCACUAUGAUCGAAGACUGAGACGAAAACGCCACUGGCUUGCUAUACGUCAUCGGUUUGAAGAUGUCCGUUACAUCAUUUGGCCUGACGUAGUGGAGGAAACUGCGAGAGGAGAUAGUGCGCAAGCGGAUGUGAGUUUAACCAACCCUUCACUGACUGCGGGGGAGAUGCUUGAGGCUCUUUUAUGGCUAGAUGCCGCAUCCACCUUCUGCGUCCGCAAGGUACACCCAUCAGACCUCGGGGACAAGAGUGAGUUUUUGCCACUUGACCUGCAGCGGGAGGUAGAAGUUGUGGCGUGCCACGCACGACGUGACCUUGACUUCUUCGAUCCCUCAGCAACGUCGUUGGAGCAGUUUACCGCAUGCGCGGCUCUGUGUGUAAACCAUCGCGUCCCGUUUUCCCUCUUCUUCCCGUCACAGGACGUCUGUGGUGAUGCUUCGGUCAGUACCGGGCAGUGUAUCGUGGCAAACGCGCCAUCACCACACACCGCUCUCGGUGCUGUGCGCAUCAUGGCACUCAUUAGCGAGGGGAGUGGCAGCGACAUUGGUAAGACGAUCAUGUUUUCUGAUGCGUUCGGUGCAGUGACUCGGUUUGGCAUCCUGCGGGGCUUGUCGCGGGUGAUGAGUGUUGAGGCGUUCGGGUGUAAGGACGCAUUGGAGAACGUGAAUGAAAGCGAGCUGUGUAUAAUUCUGCACUUCUGUGCAGAAGUCAGAGAACAGAAUGCGGCCUUCUUCCGCCGCUACGAAGCGUCUGAAGAAAACUCGGACCCACAGCAAGUGUCGUUUUUGGCAAAGUAUCAACAGUUAUCGCAGAUUGCUCUCGCGCGGUGUAAACGACUAUUGUACCACCCUGAUAGCCCCCGUGCCCAGGUAAUGAGUGAAGAUGGUUAUAUCCCUUUAGUGGAGCUGCAGCGGCACGCCGAAGGCACCAACAAGGCUGCCCUUAUUCACUACAACCUCGGUAUUCGUAGCGCACAGGGAAUGCGACGGGUGGCAUUGGGCGCACAAUCGUCUGCCCGGCUGGCAGAGCUUGUUAGCAGGCUGGAGGAGGCUAGCGCUCGCGUGAGUGGUAAUACAUUAGUAAAUGAUUUGGUGCAUCACCUGUCGCACAAAGCGGCGGCAGGGAAAAUGUCGUUGACCCUGCGGGAGGUGAAUACACUGCUGCCGCUUCUUUCCCGCAUGCGGAGGGAGUCACCAAACGGAGCGUUGGAUGCAAGGUUCGACAGGGUAUUUAACGCCAUUGAUACGGCAAUUGGAGCAGCGAUGAGGCACAACUGCACUUUGGAUGAGCUUCUGGAUCUCGCUGAGGGGCUUGCUGCUUGUGAAAUGGUGCCAUCUGCACUUAAGCAGGUGGAAAUGGUGUUGAUACGGUCAGUGAUGAUGCACGAGUGCAGCCCGAUGCACCUCAGGCGAAUGCUGCAAGCCAUGUUUACCCUAAUGAGAACUAGCGUGCCUCAAGUACUACUGCAAUCCGUCGCGUCGCGUGUAGCAGAUUACAUAAAGGAGGCUUCUCACAUGGAUAGCAGCAGCAGCAAUGGUGGAGGUGACGAAAAAGUAAAGAACCAUGAGGAAUGUGAGCAAUUGCUUGAAUUAUUGGUGGUUCUGGGGAAAUGUGGGUACGGUGCCCUUCCAGGACUAGUCACAAUUUACUGGGAAGCACAACUCAUCGAUAGCAUGCAACUCAAUCCCAGAUUGCGUUGCAGCUACGCAUCACUCCUCGCAUCAGCUGCAUUUGCUUUAAAAAAGCAUGACAAGCGUGCUUGGGAGGGACUAGCAGAUGAAAGCCAUCGGUUGUUUAUGGAGUACACGCGAUGCAACAAGGAGAAUGAUAUAGGACGAUUUGCCGAGUGUGUUACUGGGUUGGCGGUGCUCACACAAAUCAAGGACAAUACGAACUCCAGUGACGUGGCAUUUCUAAAGGAGUACCUCAGUGCUACAUCUCUUGAGUUGAAAAGUUGCGAGGUGAUUCGAGUGCAGGAGCUAACCGAUCUUCUGGGAAGAACACUCGAGUGGAGCGAGGCACUCGGUGUGGUGGCUCCAGAUGUUGUUAUCCAACUGGAAAAGGCGUUGUUUGUCAUGUUGGAGAAUGUCUCCCACACGGCUCCUGGAGUAGGCAUACCGGAUGAAUUGGUUACAGCCGCGUGUUGUUUGGUGGACAUGAGUUCUGCCUCACUGGAGCUGCGGAAGGCUGCCGCAGGCGUCGUUGGAGGUGCCAUUGUUCAUGCUGAAGAAGCGCUUGAAACCCUACGCUCAGGUGCCCCAACGCAAGUGCGGCCCGGUCACUCGUUUGAUGUGGCUGCGCUGGCGUCUGCGGAAAGGGAAAAUGUUUACAAAAACUCCAUUCUACAAUACUGUGCGGCUCUACAAAGGAGCGGUAUGUCAACCCACGUGGAGGAGCUUUGGUCGUAG